AUGACAAAAGAAGGGAUGCUGUCGGCAGCAGGACGCCGAUUCUCUCGAUGUGCUCCAUCGCCAAGGCCAAGGAGGAACUACGCUUUGGCGAAUAUCCCACCACCGGCUGCUGUUCACAUUCGGACAAAUGAUAUGAUUAGUCCAGAAGAAAGAAGGUUCCUCGAAGCUGCAGAACUUGGAAACAAGCCCACAUUACAAGAAUGCUUGGAUUACGACGGAGACCGCCGUCUCAACGUGAAUUGCCUCGAUUCAAUGGGAAGAACAGCUUUGGAAAUUGCAGUUGACAACGAAAAUAUGGAAGUUGUUGAACUUUUGCUCCAACAACCAGAUAUCAGAAUUGGCAAUGCACUGCUAUGUGCAAUCCGAGAAGGUGUAUAUCGUCUUGUCGAAGUUCUUGUAAAUCAUCCGAAUAUUACUCGAGAAAUGCUUGGAGACGGUUGGAGUCAAGCUCUUGAUCCUUCCGAAGCUGCUAGUGCCGAAUAUUCAAGUGAUAUUUCUCCGGUUAUAUUGGCAGCACAACUCAACCAAUUUGAGAUUUUGCAAAUGUUAAUUCGAAAAGAUGCAAGUAUUGAAAAACCGCACAGACAUUCCUGCAUUUGCGAAACAUGCGAUCGUGAGCGUUUGAACGACUCAUUACAGUACUCUCUAAAACGAAUCAACACAUUUCGAGCUCUUGCAAGCCCUGCAUGGAUGUCUCUUACAAGUCCCGAUCCAAUUCUAUCCGCUUUCAAACUUUCAUGGGAUCUACAACGAUUGGCAUUUGAGGAGCAUGAAUUCAAAGAGACAUAUUUGCAACUUUCGGAGCAAUGUAAACAAUAUUCAUGUGAUUUAUUAAGUCAAUGUCGAAGUUCUGAAGAAGUUAUCGCAAUUUUAAAUAAGGAUGGAAAUGUGAAUGAUGAUAAUAUUGAUGUUUGGGCAAGUAAACUAUCGCUUUCAAGGUUAAAACUGGCUAUCAAAUAUGAACAAAAAGCUUUUGUCUCUCAUCCUCAUUGUCAACAGUUGCUCACCUCUAUCUGGUAUGAAGGUAUUCCAUAUCGGCAGCGGAGUGGUACCUGGGCUAAUUUUUUCCUCUACGCUUUUCUACUUUUUCUCUGGCCAAUAUUCUGUCUCAUGUAUAUUCUAAUGCCAAAAAGCCGAUUGGGUCGGUUAGUACGGUCUCCAUUCAUGAAAUUCUUUUACUACUCGGUGUCGUUUGCAACGUUUUUAGGACUUUUAACGUGGGCCACUUUUGAAGAUUAUCGAUACGAAAAAGGAGAAAGGGGUGGAAUGACAAGAGCAUCUGACCGUGGUCCACCAGCAACAUGGGUUGAAUCACUCGUAUUCACAUGGGUAAUUGGAAUGUUAUGGUCAGAAAUUAAGCAAUUAUGGGAAGAAGGUUUUAAACGAUAUAUGAGACAAUGGUGGAAUUGGCUUGAUUUCCUGAUGAUUUGCCUUUAUUUAUGCACCAUUUCAAUAAGACUAAGCGCGUAUUAUAUCUUUACAUAUCGUGAGGAUCCAUAUCGGUACACAGUCCGCACAUAUUGGACAUCUGAAGAACCAAUGUUGGUAGCGGAGGCGUUGUUCGCUGUUGGAAAUGUUUUUUCGUUUGCUCGAAUUAUUUACUUGUUCCAGACAAAUCCGUAUUUGGGGCCACUGCAGAUAUCCCUUGGAUGUAUGUUGGUGGACGUUGCAAAGUUCUGCUUCAUCUUCGUCCUAAUAAUAAGUUCUUUCUCAAUUGGCCUUGCUCAACUCUACUGGUACUAUGAUCCAAAUACAGAUGUAUGCCUACCUGGUGCCACAUGCAAACACAGUUCCAAUGUAUUCUCCUCGAUUGCCGAUUCCUAUUUGACACUUCUCUGGUCUCUAUUUUCGAUUACAAAACCAGAAGAUACCGAUGUUGUGGAAAAUCACAAAAUAACUCAAUGGGUUGGACAAGGAAUGUUUAUUAUGUAUCAUUGUACUUCAAUAAUUGUCUUACUUAACAUGCUCAUUGCUAUGAUGUCUCAUUCGUUUCAAAUUAUCAAUGAUCAUGCGGAUCUUGAAUGGAAGUUUCAUCGAACGAAGCUUUGGAUGGCUCACUUCGAUGAAGGAUCAAGUCUUCCACCUCCAUUUAAUAUUAUAGUCACUCCGAAGUCAUUAAUAUAUGUGAUGAAUUGUCUAUUCAACACUGUCAGAUGGCUUCUAGGAAAGUACACUUAUCAGAAAAACAGGAAUCGGGCAACUAUCAGGCGUCCUGGCUAUUCUCGAAAAAGAAAUGAAAUGGAAAAAUCUGGUGGUCACGACGAUGAUUCUUUGAAACCAUUGACAUAUGCUGAUAUAAUUACAAGACUUGUGGCAAGAUUUAUACAUCAAACAAAGAAAGAUAUGAAAAUGGACGGAGUUAAUGAAGAUGAUCUACAUGAAAUCAAACAAGACAUUAGUAGUUUGAGAUACGAACUCCGAGAUGAUCGUCGUCGUGAAAUCGUUCGCAGCUCAUCACAUAUUGAUGCAGUGAAACGAGAUAUUAUGCGUACAAUGAGUACAACAUCACGUCGACCUUACGGUGGAAGUAUGCGUCUUCCAAAGACACGACCAUCAGUUGCAGAAGAAUCAGAAGAAGAUGAUAAAAGUGAUGAAACAAGUUCAACAGACGAGGAGGCUGAUGAGACGAGAUCUCGGAAGUCAUCAGUACUCUACAUUCCCCCUGUCAACUCAACUCUACCUGGAAUUAUAAGUGAAGAAGCUCCAGUUAAGAAAAGCACAAAAAGACGUGCAAGUGAGGCUGAUUCAAAACUUCCCGAUAGACCUUUAUCAGAUACUUAUACAUCUUCAUUUACGCCUAAACUGUUACCGGUAUUUGCUCAACCACCACACAGUGCUCUUCGAAAAACGGAUACAUCAAUGAGCUUCCCAAUCAACGGAACAGCUCUGGAUACUUCAAUUGUAAAACCUCCAAGGGGAGUUUUGAGGGCUUCCCAAGAAAACCUACCAGCUGUGGAAUUGAUCGAAACGCUGAAAAAGGAGAUGAAUGAGAAAUUGGAUCGAUUAAUAAGUGGAAUCUCUGAAAAUGUGAAGAGUCCCAGCCCUGCAUCUCAUAGUCAUGUCGGUUUUAAUGUAGAAAAAUAGUUUCAAUUUAUGUUUCCUCUAAUGUCAACGGGUACAUAUAUAUUUCUAAUUUAGGUAAUAAUCGAAUAAUAAAAAUUAUAUUAUAAACACUUCUUUC